AUGGAUUUCAACUCUCUCAUGCGCGAACACAUGCAAGGUUCUCAAAGAGUUAAACUGACAAGUGUAUUAGGAGAUCGUGGGAUGUCAUCAUUCAAUCAAGAAUCGAUGUAUGAAGAAUGGGAAGAUUACGAUUCUGACCACAUAUGGCACGUUCAGCAACAGGGUACCUAUCCUGGUACUCUCAAUCGGCCUUCUGGAUCCCCACCUUUGCUCUCAUCGACAUCUAAUCCCAGUUCUGUUGCACCUCAAGACUUACCAAUCUCAAUGCCGGUCCUUCAAAAUGUUAGAGACCGGCUAGCACACAGUUCUUGGUUGCAAAGGAAUGAAGCAGAGCCACCAGUCGAUGACGCAGAACCUUUGGCUCAGCUGGGGUUAAUUAAGCCAGGAAUGUCUCGAUUCGACCCACUGAUUUGGUCAAGGGGUGAACAACACUCUUCAACUAUCGACGUCAACGAGUGCGUUCACACAUGUAUUCUCACUUUGGAUACAAGCCUUUUGCAUGUGGAGGGGACUGCGGCAAAGCGGACUGACAAAGGCUCAAAAGAACCAGUAAAUGCUCCUACGAGUACAACUGUCGCUACAGGGGUAACAUUCUCCAAACCCAACGAUACGCCUCUGCCGGAUGCUGUCACAGCGACAGACGUUCUGGCGGGCGCGUACGAUGCAAGCAAACUACACCCUCUGGCAGGAAUAGGCGAUAGCCUUGAUUAUCUUCUACUGGAUGAUGAUAAACUCAGUUCGUUGCCGGGUGGUACAACCGCGUUACCGUCGAGAGGUUGGAGUGACGAUCUGUGCUAUGGUACUGGGACUACAUACCUUGCGGGAGGUCUUUGGGGACUCCGAGAAGGAGCGGCUAGGCCACUCGCAGUUUCCAAUGCUAGACUACGGUUGAACAGCGUACUGAAUGGUGUGACGAGAAGAGGGACGUUCUUAGGCAAUUCGGCUGGUGUUCUAGCCCUUAUUUAUAACGUGGUCAACUCGUCAAUUGAUUCGAUACGCGGUAAGCACGACGUCUGGGGCGGGAUGGCCGCUGGUGGCAUUUGCGGAGCCAUGUAUAAAAGUACAGCCCAUGGCCUCUAUUAUCUUUCGCGAGUACCCCUAGCCCCCGCGCUCAUUGUUCGUUUGGAUGUCGUUGAUGUAACGAAUCAUGUUUUACCAGUGGACGACGAGAUACCCUUUUUCGUUUCGACACUUCAACUCUUAGAUGAAAAUGGCUUCCCAAUUCGAGAUCCACCCGAUGAUCCAAAACUGGCUUCUGCCCAGCCUUCGGCCCAGCGACUUCUGUACGGGUCGCUGGUCUCUUCGCCGUACAGUCUCGUUGAUCUAAGUGGUCGACGAGGAAUAUACUUUAUGUUUCCCGACGUCAGCAUUCGGAUAGAGGGCAAAUUUCGGCUUGGAAUCAGUUUAACCCGUUUGCGAGAUCAUGAGAUGACCCUUAUUAGUAGCGGUUUUGUCGCCCCGCUUGCACAGGUUUAUACCGACGUUUUUACCGUGACUAGCCAGGCGGA